UUUCUUGUUUGACAUAUAUCCCACCAAAAUUCUUAUCUUUUCCAGGGUUGUGGCUAAGUUUAGCCCUGUUAAGAUAAGAAGAAAAACAACCAUGGCUUUGGCCAUUGCUACAUUCCUCUUCAUCACUCUUCUUUCAACAACAAAAACAUUAGCUUUAGAUUCAUGUACAUCUAGUAAUAAUAAUGAAGAACUUUCAGUCAUUCCCAUUUAUGGCAAAUGCUCACCCUUCAACACACCAAAUCCUACUUCUUGGGAAAACACUGUUAUCAACAUGGCCUCAAAAGAUCCACAAAGGCUUUCUUACUUGUCCAGUUUAGUAGCCCAAAAGCCCAAUUCAGCCCCUAUUGCUUCGGGCCAACAAGUGUUCAACAUUGGUAACUAUGUUGUUCGGGCCAAGAUCGGUACCCCAGGCCAACUCAUGUUUAUGGUCCUGGAUACCAGCAGCGACACUGCAUGGGUGCCAUGCAGUGGCUGCACUGGCUGCACCUCUACAGUAUUUUCUCCCAACACCUCGUCGACUUAUGGGUCGACGGAUUGCUCUGUACCCGAAUGCACACAGGUCAAGGGGCAAUCUUGCCCCACUGCUGGUGCACCGGGGGCUUGCUUCUUUAAUCAAUCCUACGGUGGAGCCUCAUCAUUUUACGCCACGUUGUCUCGUGAUUCACUUAGACUAGGCACUGAUGUCAUACCGAAUUAUUCCUUCGGAUGCAUCAGUGCUGUGUCCGGCAGCUCAAUCCCGCCGCAAGGGUUAUUGGGCUUGGGUCGGGGCUCCAUGUCACUACUCUCACAAUCCGCGUCACUCUACUCGGGUGUAUUCUCGUACUGUUUACCGAGUUUUAAAUCUUAUUAUUUCUCUGGAUCGCUCAAACUUGGCCCAUUGGGCCAACCCAAGAACAUUAGAACCACCCCACUUCUUAAAAACCCGCACCGACCAUCUCUGUACUAUGUGAACCUGACCGGCAUAAGCGUGGGUCACGUCCUGGUCCCAAUCGCUCCCGAGCUCCUAGCAUUUGACCCGAAUACCGGUGCGGGCACUAUAAUUGAUUCGGGUACGGUUAUUACCCGAUUCGUUCAGCCAAUUUACAAUGCAAUUAGGGAUGAAUUUAGGAAUCAAGUGAAAGGACCAUUUAGCUCAUUGGGUGCAUUUGACACAUGUUUUGCAUCAACAAAUGAAGCAGUGGCACCAGCUAUUGUACUCCACUUUACAGGGAUGGAUUUGGUGUUGCCAAUGGAGAACAGUUUGAUUCAUAGUAGUGCAAGUCCCUUGGCAUGUUUGGCAAUGGCAGCAGCACCAGCAAAUGUGAACUCUGUAUUGAAUGUUAUAGCCAAUUUGCAGCAGCAGAACCUGAGGAUUUUGUUUGACACAGCUAAUUCUCGUGUGGGAAUUGCUCGUGAACCUUGUAAUUAGAUUCGAGUCUCUCUCUGUUACCCGUCCCCCUUUGUGUCAAGUCCCAUUCAGAACUUGACCUUCAAUUCGAUUAUGUAUUAAUGUCUUUUCAAUCUCAAAGCACUAGUUCAAUUUAAGCCUUUAA